AUGACGAGAAGGAGAACCCAAGCCACUUCCAGAUCCAAACGGAAGAACGAAGCAACUCGGAGUGAUGAUGAAGAAACUAAUGACAAUCACCAUGAUGAUGAAAUAAAACACAUGGAGAAAAAUUAUUCAGAAAAUUACAUGAUCAUGGAUCAAGAUGAGGCAAUAAUUAUUUCCAGUGAUCAUGAUUCCACUCCAUCUCGAAGGAGAAGCACACGACAAAUUAAAAAAACAAAAUUAGAGGAUGAAACAGAAGAAAUUAUUGUAAAAAAGCAAGAAACAUCUUCGGGAAAGAAAGGAUCAAAAUCUGGUUAUGCCAAUCAGGUGGCGAGAUUAUUUUACAAAAAUUCUGUUUUGAAUAAGAUCAACUUGGAGGACAUAUUUUCAUAUGAUAUUUAUAAAAUGUUAAGCGAAAAGAAUCAAAAAUAUCUGACCCAGUUUUUGGUUCAGGAUAUUGAUGUUGAUGAACAAGGUUUUGCUAAACGAAAGAUGUUUUUGGAUCCUAAUUUUAAAGCAUCAAUAUCAGAGUUUGAGAGCUUGUUGUCAGAGGGAUAUUUGAAUACCUCAAAAAAGUUCAAAGAGGUUAUUGAAAACGUCAUCGAGGUAAAUCAAAAGAAAGGAUACGUCGAAGAAGGAAUGGAAAACUACUGGCUUUCAAAUGCAGACAAAAUUGAGACUUCGUGGGUUAAAAAUUUGGAAGAUUAA